AACAACCGAACCAACAUCAGUUAUCGAUCAACAUUCAAACCAGUCACAAACGGAGGUUUUAAAAUAGUUUCAAAAUCGUAAAAAUAUUUUAGUUUCGGAAUUUUUUUUUAUUUUUGCAACCGACAAAAAGCAGAAUGGCAAAUUUAACGUUAAUUGUUGGAAUAUGUCUUACAUUUAUUGCAGUGGUAUAUGCAAUCAAUGGUGACUGUCCACUAUCCAGCCAACACACAUCUUGCUCGCCGAAAUGUCUUCAAGACUCUGAAUGCUCAAGCAUUGGUGGAAAAUGUUGCCCGAACUUGUGCAACUAUAAAUCUUGUGUGAGGCCAAAAGUUGGUUCCAACACUGCUGGAAGUGGCUACAAAGGAAGUACUGGCGGAGCCGGAGCUUACUGUGGAAAUGUUAAAUGCAAUGCGUACGAGAAAUGUGAUUUGGAUAAAUCAACGAAACGAAUGAAAUGUGUCCGAGCAUAAAGUUUUCCCAUUGUGACUCUAAUGUUGCCAUUUAUUUCGAAUAAAAUUAUUAUCAGCAACAAA